GUCAGUGCCACACUGCUACAUAAGCGCCACCAUUAACCAAAUGUCUUGAAUCAGACAGCUGCAGUAACACGUGAAAGGAAAACAACAAGAUAUAUCUUACUACAUCAGCUUUUACACCUUGUCAGGCUUGGUUGUCGAGUCUGCUCCGUAACGCCAGAAAAUCUCGAAUUUGUCUUCCUUGCCACAGCGCUCCUCAUUACUCAUCAUCAUUAUCAUUAUCUUCAUGGCGACUGAAGUUCAGAGCGUAUUUGAGGUGGACGGUCACAAGCUGCACAGCACGACCUGGACGCCCCAAGGCACCAUCAGGGCUAAACUCAUCUUUGUCCAUGGCUUCAGCGAUCACGUCGGCCGUUACUACGAGCUUUUCCCUUACCUCGCAGGUCGCGGCAUCCAGGUCUUUAGCUGGGACCAACGUGGAUGGGGCCGCAGCGCCGCGAAGCCUGCCGAUAGGGGCCUUACGGGCCCGACGUCGCGUGUGCUCGCUGACGUGGCUGCCUUCAUCCGUGACAAGCUCUCAUCUUCGUCCUUGGCGGCCGCGAAAGUGCCCUUGUUCGUCAUGGGCCACUCUAUGGGUGGCGGCGAGGUUCUUGCGCUGGCAAGCGACCCGCAGUACAACGACCUUGUCGCUCAAGUGCGCGGGUGGCUUCUGGAGAGCCCCUUCAUCGCCUUUACACCUGGCGAGGAGCCGAGCUUUCUGAAGGUAUUCUUUGGCAAAUUGGCGAGCCGCGUGUUGCCACACCAGCAGCUCGUCAACGAAAUUCCUGCCGAUAAACUCACGCGCGAUCCGGCGGUGCAGCAGAGCAUCCGCGACGACGACAUGAUGCACAACACGGGUACGCUAGAAGGGCUCGCGGGAAUGCUAGAGAGGACGGACUCGCUGGCCAACGGUAAGCUGCGGCUCAGCCCGGAGGUCAGGAGCCUGUGGCUCGGCCACGGCACCGAGGACAAGACGACAUGCUUUCACGCCAGCAAGAAAUGGCUCGGCGCACAGAGCAUCGAGGACAGCACGCACAAGCCCUACGAGGGGGCGUACCAUCAACUGCACGCGGACUUUUGUAAGGAUGAGUUCUUCAAAGAUGUCGGGGACUGGAUCUUGGAGAGGGCUGAGGGAGAGACUGCGGCAAGGCCGGAGGCCAAGUUGUAGGAGGCUGGACGAGGCUGGAUUGUCUUUGAUCUAGGGUCUUGUACUUUGACUUGUGAUGACGAUCUGUUUUGUCGCAUGCCUAUGGUGAUUGAUGUCACGGGGUCCAUGCUUAUUGAUUGUCUCCUAUCGAUUCUACACUCCCGAUUCUUCCCAAAGAUGACCGCAAGCGCCCUUCAAGCCCGACAGAGAAAGCCUUAGCAGGAUAAACAAGCAGUCCAGCCAUCGUGGAUGGCGUGCUUUCGGCCGAGGACCCAGGCGGACGAUGGAGGAGACCAACCGGUUAAUGCCUUCCCUAGACGGGUGGGGGUUGUAGGGUUCCGGUCAUGCCCGAAGCGCGACGGGGAAGCAUGGACGAGAACGGGUUUGCCUUCCCGCCAGUCUUAGUCGCUGCCCUAACUAGACGACGUUUCGUCUCAUAAUAUAAAGUACAACCGCAACCCGCGGCAUUUUUUCCCAACUACCU